AUGUCUUCUGCUGUAAACCUAACGGAGCAAUUUGCAACUAACAAAAGCACAACUUCGGUGGAAGGUUUCGAUCGACUAGCCAUCGUUCAACUGAUGUGCUACUCUAUAAUCACCGCUGCUGGUUUGAUAGGAAAUACCCUAAUUUGCUUGGCUGUUUUUAAAAGACGCCGCUUGCGUAUCACCGACGUUUUCGUCCUCAAUUUGGCCGCAACAGACUUGGCAACUUGUGUAAUAAGUAUACCAUUUGACUUUGUGGAAAGACUAGUGAAAGAAUGGCCUUUUGGAAACGUGCUGUGUAAAAUCGUGUACCCUUUGCAAACCAUUCUGAUGGCCGUGUCUGUGUACACGCUGCUUUUCAUGAGCUGGGAGAGACAUCGUUCAGUUAUGCCGCCAUUUAAGCCAAAAAUAAAAGCAAAACGAGCAGUUACGAUAGUUUUUAUUCUCUGGGCUGCUAGCAUCAGUUUGGUCGGACCGUACAUUGCCAUUCUUAAAGCUGAAACCAGCGACGGUGUAACUCAGUGCAUGGAAAACUGGCCUGAGAAAUACCAUCCCAAAGUGUUCACGCUUGCAGUUUUUAUAGCUCUGUAUGUGUUGCCACUUUUUGUGAUCACCGCCAACUACAUACGGAUCAGUCAAAAGCUCUGGAGAGACAUACAAAGAAUACACAAGGCGAUUGGCGAAAGAAAACGCAACGGUAAAAAGCCACUCAUGCAGGCGAGAGCUCAGCGCAAUAUGAGAAUCGUCAGGAUAUUUAUAAUUGCGGUGAUUGCCUUUUCACUCUGUAUGUUACCCAACCAUAUCAUGUGGAUUUGGAAAGAUUUUGGUUCGGAGAAGGGUCUCCGAUAUUUUGGUACCAUAAUCAAUUUUUGCUAUAUCUUGGUUUACUCCAACUCAGCCAUUAAUCCGUUCAUAUUUGUGUUUCUCCACAGACGGUACUGCCGGGAUAUUUUUAGCCCAUGUGGCACUGUGAAAAUGCUGGUGAUUUCAUGCUUAAGAUUUCGAUCGCAGGAAACUUGCAGCAAUGCGAACAUCUACAGAAAAAGCAAAAUUUCGCGGAGAAGAGAGCGGCGCUCACAAAGAAAAUCAAACCAUCUACCCUACACGAUGCAGCUUGCAACACCACGAAGUGCACGAAACAAUUACGCGGCAAGAAAAUUAUUGUGGAAUAACAGUUAUUGGUGCAAAGAGCUAAUUCCUAACCUUGAGGCAAAAGAAUAUCGUGUUUCGUUCAGAAAUGAGCCACUUCAAUCAUUGAAAGAUGGAGAAGAUGUCGAUGGAGGCAAUGAUGAAAGAAAUCAAGUGUCAACAAAAAAAGUGAAUUUUGGUGAAGUUGUCCGUAUUGAAGCGCAAUAA